GAGUGAUCUUGACAACCUAUCGAUCGUGAUGUAAGAAUACGGCAUAAAGUAUAUCGGAAACUAUAAACGUGUGUAAAAUCUUUUCCAUUAAUUUCGUUCAAAUUUAUUCCGAUAUUUAGAGGUAGAAAGUGUAAAAAAUAUUCUAACAAAAUUACGAAGCGUUCAUCGAUACGUAAACAUAUAGAAAAUGUUUUGAACUUUAAUUAUUCGUAAAGAUCGAUCAAGAUGUAUCCAACUGCUUCAACAACUGGACCGCAAGAUCAAAAUGGAGGAACUGACGGAUAGAUCGAUAAUGCUCAGUAAUGUUAGAGAAUAUCAUUGAUCACUUUGCUUGUCAACGUGAUUAGCAUGGAAUGGAUGGAUCCUGUCCACUCCUCUUUCCAUCUUUUGGGGAGAAAAAUAACUCUGAACGAGGAAUCGGAUAUACAGCACAGAAAGUGUCUUUAUACAGGCCAUCCUCUGAUGCAAUUGACCUUGGAUACCAUACUCUUGACAACAGUGGUUGCCGUGUGCCUUCCUCAUCUGCUAUUACAUCUGUACCUACGAGACAACAACCGCUGUCACAACAGAAAAGAGCAUAUGUUACAGGUCUUUACCAACUUGACGAUGAGUUGUUACUAAAAAUUUUCUCCUGGCUAAGUACUAGAGAUCGUUGUGCUUUGGCGCAAACUUGUAGACGUCUAUGGGAAAUAGCGUGGCAUCCAUCCUUAUGGAAGGAAGUUGAAAUACAGUAUCCUCAAAAUGCGACUAUAGCACUAAAUGCUUUAGCACAGCGAGGAUGUCAUUCUUGUAUUCGUCGUUUGAUAUUGGAAGGUGCCACAGGUCUUCCUGGAGUCUUUCGACAACUGCCAUUUUUAAGUUUAACUUCUCUAAUUCUGCGUCAUUCGCGACGCGUAACGGAUGCUAACGUGACUGCCAUUUUAGAUAAUUGCGUGCAUUUAAAAGAAUUAGAUUUAACUGGAUGCGUGAGUGUGACUAAAGCUUGUAGCCGGAUAACAUCGUUGCAAUUACAGUCGCUUGAUCUAAGCGAUUGCCACAAUAUUGAAGAUUCUGGUUUGGUAUUAACGCUCUCCCGUAUGCCACAACUUGCGUGCCUUUAUCUACGACGAUGCGCACGUAUAACCGAUGCCAGUUUCGUUGCUAUUGCAUCUUACUGUGGAAAUUUACGACAACUUUCUGUAUCUGAUUGCGCAAAAAUAACAGAUUUUGGUGUACGUGAAGUGGCCGCACGUCUAGGGCCAUCGUUAAGAUAUUUUUCUGUUGGUAAAUGCGAUCGUGUAUCUGAUGCCGGUCUGCUUGUGGUAGCCAGACAUUGUUAUAAAUUACGUUAUUUGAAUGCACGUGGUUGCGAAGCACUCAGUGAUAGCGCAACAUCGGCUUUGGCACGUGGAUGUCCACGGCUCAGAGCUCUUGACAUAGGAAAAUGCGAUAUCGGUGAUGCCACACUCGAGGCUCUUUCCACGGGCUGUCCUAAUUUGAAAAAGCUCUCUCUUUGUGGUUGCGAACGAAUCACAGAUGCUGGACUGGAAGCAUUAGCAUAUUACGUGCGUGGUUUGAGACAGUUAAAUAUCGGAGAAUGCCCUAGAGUAACUUGGGUUGGAUACCGCGCAGUUAAACGUUAUUGUCGUCGAUGUGUUAUAGAACAUACUAAUCCUGGUUUCUCCAGUUGAUCCAUAUUUACUUUAAUCUCUUGCUUCUACUAUCUGCGAUAUAUUUAUUAACAAAUAUCAAUUUCAUUGCUUAAUUAAAUAUUAAUUUAUAUAUAUAGAGAAAAAAAGCGACGUAUACUGAAAUAGAUUGUAAAAAUAUAUAUUUUGCGUCUUGCUUAAAAAACGCAUUCGCUAUUUAUUGUUUUUUUUAUAUUUUAAUACAUUAUACAAGGGUAAUAAAAUGUUAAAUUUUAUACUUUAA